UGGGGAGGGAAGGGAGAGGAAAGAGGGGGGGCGCUCGGCCCUGCGCACUGAGUGAUGUUUGUCCGCCAUCGCGGCGGAGGAGGAGGGUGAAGGAAGCGCCGUCGCCGGAGCGAGGGGCCUGCGCCGCCGCCUCGCCCCUCGCCGCCGCCUCCCCCGCCGCUUCCCCCUCCCCCUCCUCUUCGGCCCGGCCCGACUCGGUUCGGCUUUCCCCCUUUCCGCGCAGCCCCGGGGGCCGCAGCCCGGAGUGAAGGUCGCCAGCGGCCUCCCCUGUCCAGCCCCCGGCCCCCCUCGCGGGGUCUUGCCGUCCCGUCGCGCGUUCCCCGGCGCCCCUCCGGACGGGAGGAGCCGCCGCCCGCGUCGGGCCCGAAGAUGUCGAACCUGAGCAAGGGGACGGGCAGCCGGAAGGACACCAAGAUGCGGAUCCGAGCCUUCCCCAUGACUAUGGACGAGAAAUAUGUGAACAGCAUUUGGGAUCUUCUGAAGAAUGCAAUCCAGGAGAUACAGCGGAAGAACAACAGUGGUCUGAGCUUCGAGGAGCUGUACAGGAACGCCUAUACGAUGGUAUUGCAUAAACACGGUGAGAAACUCUACACUGGACUACGAGAAGUGGUCACUGAGCAUCUAAUAAACAAGGUGCGAGAUGAUGUGUUGAACUCCUUGAACAACAACUUCCUACAAACACUAAAUCAAGCAUGGAAUGAUCAUCAAACAGCGAUGGUGAUGAUUAGAGACAUUCUGAUGUAUAUGGAUCGUGUGUAUGUGCAGCAGAACAAUGUGGAGAACGUCUACAAUUUGGGCUUGAUUAUUUUCCGAGACCAAGUUGUCCGCUACGGCUGUAUCAGGGAUCACCUGCGGCAGACUCUGCUGGAUAUGAUUGCGAGAGAGAGGAAAGGAGAGGUUGUAGACAGAGGCGCAAUAAGAAAUGCUUGCCAGAUGUUAAUGAUUCUAGGUCUUGAAGGAAGAUCAGUCUAUGAGGAGGACUUUGAGGCUCCGUUUUUGGAGAUGUCUGCAGAAUUUUUUCAGAUGGAAAGUCAGAAAUUUUUAGCUGAAAACAGUGCUUCUGUAUAUAUAAAGAAAGUAGAAGCUAGAAUUAACGAAGAAAUAGAACGGGUGAUGCAUUGUCUGGAUAAAUCCACCGAAGAACCAAUUGUGAAGGUGGUUGAGAGGGAGCUUAUUUCCAAACAUAUGAAAACUAUAGUGGAAAUGGAGAACUCUGGGCUAGUUCAUAUGCUGAAAAAUGGGAAGACAGAAGACCUUGCUUGCAUGUACAAAUUGUUCAGCCGUGUGCCAAAUGGUCUGAAGACAAUGUGUGAGUGCAUGAGCUCAUACCUGAGAGAGCAAGGCAAAGCACUAGUGUCAGAAGAAGGAGAAGGAAAGAAUCCAGUUGACUACAUUCAGGGUUUACUGGAUUUGAAGAGCAGGUUUGACCGCUUUCUGCAGGAAUCUUUCAAUAACGAUCGACUCUUCAAGCAGACUAUUGCGGGUGACUUCGAGUACUUCCUAAACCUCAACUCUAGGUCUCCAGAGUACCUCUCAUUAUUUAUUGAUGAUAAGCUCAAAAAGGGAGUCAAGGGACUAACAGAGCAAGAAGUAGAAACUAUAUUGGAUAAGGCAAUGGUUUUAUUUAGGUUUAUGCAAGAGAAGGAUGUUUUUGAACGCUAUUACAAGCAGCACUUGGCAAGAAGGCUUCUCACAAACAAGAGUGUUUCAGAUGACUCUGAGAAAAAUAUGAUCUCUAAAUUAAAGACUGAAUGUGGAUGUCAGUUCACAUCUAAACUGGAAGGAAUGUUCAGGGACAUGAGCAUCUCAAACACGACGAUGGAUGAGUUCAGGCAGCAUCUUCAGGCGACUGGGGUCUCAUUAGGUGGUGUUGAUCUCACAGUGCGGGUCCUCACAACAGGUUACUGGCCUACUCAGUCAGCCACACCAAAGUGCAACAUCCCUCCCGCCCCCCGGCAUGCUUUUGAAAUAUUUAGAAGAUUUUAUUUAGCCAAACACAGUGGGCGACAGCUGACACUCCAGCAUCACAUGGGCUCUGCAGAUCUCAACGCCACGUUCUACGGCCCUGUUAAAAAGGAAGAUGGCUCAGAGGUUGGCGUAGGAGGUGCCCAAGUAACUGGCUCAAACACGCGGAAGCACAUAUUGCAAGUCUCCACCUUCCAGAUGACGAUAUUAAUGCUCUUUAACAACAGAGAAAAAUACACAUUUGAGGAAAUUCAACAAGAAACUGAUAUCCCUGAAAGAGAGCUGGUUCGAGCCCUGCAGUCUCUGGCGUGUGGCAAACCAACACAACGUGUCCUCACGAAAGAGCCCAAGUCAAAAGAAAUAGAGAAUGGUCACAUAUUUACAGUGAACGAUCAGUUCACGUCCAAACUACACAGAGUCAAGAUUCAGACAGUUGCUGCCAAACAAGGAGAAUCUGAUCCAGAAAGAAAAGAAACAAGACAGAAAGUAGAUGAUGACAGGAAACAUGAGAUAGAAGCUGCUAUAGUUCGGAUAAUGAAAUCUAGGAAGAAGAUGCAACACAAUGUGCUAGUAGCAGAGGUAACCCAGCAGCUGAAGGCUCGAUUCUUACCAAGUCCCGUGGUUAUUAAAAAGCGUAUUGAAGGACUUAUUGAGAGAGAGUACUUGGCACGAACACCGGAGGAUCGCAAAGUGUACACUUACGUAGCAUAAAAUGCGUUCAGAAGGUUUGAUUCCCCCUUGGACUGUACUCUUCGCAUGAACUGGGAAGUUCUUUUAAAUCAUUAAUAUUAUGACGACCAUCUCUUCUAUUAAAUUACAUGUUCUAGACCGGUCAGAUCAAGCCUUUCACUCCUUUGGAGAGUUUUCAACAUCCAAAAA